CUCUCCCACCCACCAACUCCACAACCCAACACCCCCCUUUCCUUUCUCCUCAAGCACCAGCCCGAAACAUCGACCGUAUUCAAGAGUUACGACUUGCUCGUCGAGAGCGCUCAAACUCGUCGGCGUCUCGUCCUCCUGGUCAAGAUGCGGUUCUCCAAACUGGUUCUGCCGAUGCUGUCAGUCGGGGUUGCCACCGCCCAGAAGUGCAGCAACGGCUUCCCGGGAAUCGAAAAGAGCGGUGCUUGUUGUGUCUCGGACUGUGGCACAUGCGGCGGCUCUGGCUGUAGCUCAAGGGAACCCGGCCUCACCGGAGACGAUUGCUGCACGAAGAACAUCUUGAAGCAAGGGGUUCCGUGCUCAGUCACGGGCCACGCCCCAUGCUUCUUGGACGGUGACUCGACCCCGUCCAAGUCCACGCCGACGGAGUCCGAUGGUUUCGUGUACCAAGGGUGUUUCAACGACAAGCCUGAGCCGAACCGCCUGUUCAGCUAUGUCACGACCAUGGAUGACAUGACCACGGUGUUGUGCGCGAACGAGUGCAAGGGCUACGCGUUCUUCGGACUACAAUGGGGACGUGAGUGCUGGUGCGGGACCUCCGACGACUACGACAAGCGCGGCCGAGUGGACGACGACUCUUGCGACUUCCAAUGCUCGGGUGACGCAGAAGAGAUCUGUGGGGGCUUCUACAAGAUGCAAAUCUAUGCAUUCGAAGGCAGCUCUUCGCCUUCACUAACCUCCCCUUCGUCCACGGCCGGAGGGUCGUUCACGUGCGACGGAAUCCUCAAGGGCGAUGUAUGCUGCUCGGCUGGCUGUGGCACGUGCGGCGGCACUGGAUGCAGCCAGAGGCCCGGACUCACAGACAGCGACUGCUGCAUCGGAAAGAUUGAAGAGAGUGGACCUCUGUGCUCGGUUACCGGCAAGGCCCCAUGCUUCGUGGACGGCGACUCAUCAGCGCCCAAGAAUACGUCUCCUAUCCCCUCACCCACGCCCAAAACUUCAUCGUCACCGACGCCUCGUAGUGCCACGCCUACGCCCCCCACUCCCGCCCCCUCCGGCUGCGACAAGAAGGCCACCGUACAGAUCGACAAGGACACGGCUUACUUCAAGAGUGGCGGCUGCGCUACCCUGACCGACCUGUACAACGCCCAGGACGGCAAGGGUCCGCUUUGGGUGCUAGACUCAAACGACAACAAGGUUGACGGAGCUGGAGGGUCGGCCAAACCUACCGGCCGCUGGCUAUUGACCUCAAACCUCAAGAUCGAGGACGACGCGACGCUGUUCGUGGAAGGCAAGGAUCGCGGGGGGGACUGCGACGUGCUCCGGAUCGAGUCCACGGGCUCCAAGUACUGGGAAAUCUUCGGACACGGAGGAAACAUGUACUUCGAAGGAACCAAGGUCACCUCGUGGGAUACGAGUAAGGGCAAGGAGCGUGAGUACAAGAAAAACGAGGGACGGUCCUUCAUUCGCUGCAUCACUCAGUACGACGACAACUACAGCUGCAGCGGUGGUUCGAACAAGGAUAUGGGAACGUGUCGCAUGGAUAUCAUCGACUCUACCAUGGGAAACAUGGGUUACGACGCUUCCGAGAGCUAUGGGCUUACAUGGAAGGUCCGCGGUUUGUGCAAGGACUUGUCCAACCUGAAGCUCUUCGACAAACGCAAUGUGUACGGCGACAUCAAGAACUCGGACAUCUACGGAAUGUACUACGGUAUGUACUCGUACGGGCACGAGGGCGGCGUGUGGACCAACAACAAGAUGCACGACAACGUCCAGUACGGCUUCGACCCCCACGACGACUCGGACAACCUCGUCAGCAUCAUUGCGUCCAAGAGAUGCAACAACGUCGAGAUCUACGACAACGAGGUCUAUGGCGGGGGGCAGGCCGGCAUCUUCCUCCACCGCAGCUCCGACAACGCCAAGGUCUACGACAACUACAUCCACGACAACGAUGACGCCGGGAUCGCGUUCUUGGAGUCUUUCGAUGCAGACAUCUACGACAACCGUAUUGUCAACUGCAAGUACGGCAUCAGACUUAGCCUUGGCAGCGGAGACAACGACAUCACCAACAACACGUUCGACGACAUCAGCAAGUACGGCCUCUACACGUACAAGGGGAGCGACUCGCCUGAUGUUUCCAACGGUCGCCCCAAGGGCAACAAGUUCGAAGGCAACACCGUGUCAAACACAAAGGUCGGCGUCUUGGGCAAGGAGGGAGACGGCAACAUAUUCAAAAACAACGUCUUCAGAAACGUCGAUACUUUCGAGUUUGACAAGUCCAAGGACACCGAAUGGACCGGAAACAGCCUCGGCGGCGGCUGCCUUGACCGCGGUAAAGACUUUACAAAGGGGUCUGACAACAUUCCUGACUGCUGA